AUGGCAAUGAGGCAACGUUUUGGUGGAAUCUCUAGUACCCGUCCAAGACUAUCGUCUCGUUCAAUUUAUGAAGAUUUCAAGCCCCACUUUGAAUUGAAGGAAGAGCAGGAAGCUCACGUUAUACAUGUUCAUCUGCCUGAAUACACAAUGUUCAUGGGUAGAUAUGGAUUAGGUCAGUUGGGCGAGGUUGUCUUCCCGCCCCCUAAACCAAGUUAG